UAUAUUUUGGGGGGUUAGCUGUUUCCUGGGAAACCCAAAAUGCGACAGCAUAAAACGAAAAAUGUGUCCCUUUCAAGGAGCUUUGCUAGGUGGUCUGUAGCCUACAUAUUGAUAAUUAAAACAUCCACAUGGUGGCGCUGUUUAACAGCAAACGGUUCCCACCUCCGUCACGAUUUAAGGACACCUGCUGUCAUGCUUUGUUAUUACGCGUUGUUACAUCUUAAACAUGGUCAUAAAUACACCGAAUCAGUGUAAAUGUGGUCUGUAACAUAAAUUAAAGCUAAAAGGGAACGCGCACAUUGUCAACUUCAGAUAAGGGUGGGGAAGACCAAGUACUGUGAAAAUAUUGGUUCAAACUUGGCAACCCUAAUAUCUUCCUGGGGUCAUCAGCAGCAUCACGGCUAGAAACUCCCGUCAUCACAACGAAGGAGCCAUCGUCGGCCUCUGUUUUAAUUUUAUCCUUGAUAAAUCGAUCCAUUCUGAUUGAAUUUAAAUUUUUUAAGUAACCUUUCUCCGUCCGUAAUAUGAAGGGAAUCAAACUACACGUAACCGUGCUUCUGAUCGUGGCUUCUGUGCUGUGUGCAGAGGCGGGCAGAAGCCGGAAAGACUCCAGCAACCAGAACAGUUUCAGAAGGGCGGCGAAUGGGGUCUACCAGACACUGAGCAACAUCUUUGGAGAGGACAACAUCAGAGGCCUUUACAAGUUCUUCUCGAAGACUACUGAGCGCUUUGUGUAUGGAGUCGACGCUUUCCUGGACACCCUGUGGAAGAUCUGGACUGACCUCCUGGAUGUGUUGGGCAUCGACUCCUCCAACCUAAGCCUAUACUUCAGCCCCACCUCCCUCUCCACCUCCCCGGCCCGGGCCUUGCUGCUGGUGGCGGCCGUGCUGCUGGCCUACUGGUUCCUGUCCUUGUUCCUGGGGGGAUUCUUCUACCUGCUGCACGCUGUGUUUGGGCGCUUUUUCUGGCUGGUGCGCGUCCUGCUGUUCUCGCUCUCCUGCCUCUACAUCCUGCAGAAGUUCGAGGGCGACCCGGAGCGGGCGGUGCUGCCUCUGUGCUUCAUCAUGGUGGUGUACUUCAUGACGGGGCCGGUGGGGGCGUACUGGAGGAGGGGCGGGGGCGCCGCCUCGCUGGAGGAGAAGAUCGACCAUCUGGACACCCAGAUCAGACUGCUCAACAUCCGGCUCAGCAGGGUCAUAGAUAGCCUGGAGCGCCCUGGGGAGCUGUAG